UAUUUUUUAUUCAAAAAUAUUUCUUUUUCCACUAAAAAUAUUUACGGCACAUUUAUGGCUAAAUGCCACCUUUUUACAACCCUUCAAUCUUCCCCAUUUUUUAAUUUCCCAUUUAUUCAUGUUUUUGUUUUGUUGUUUUGUCCAACAUUCAAAAACGAGAGUUUGUCAAGGUCAGCGUCUUCUUUUUUAGGCAUUCUUUACUUUUUAAGUAAUGACCUUGACAACGAAAAUUUAAAAAAAAAUCAAGAAAAAAAGAAUGUGACAAGGGCUAUUUAUCUUUUUUUUCCUUUUUUGUUCAUCCAUCGGCUGGGAAUAAAAAAAAUAUAA